GACAUUUCCCUUACCUCCCUCUGUUUUGUCUUUCCUCAUUUUCUGUUCAGCAGGAUGAGGCCAGAGAACUUCACCUGGACCAGGGGCGCCCCUGCUGAAUUCAUCCUUCUGGGCGUCACAGAUCGCUGGGACCUGCGCGUCACCCUCUUCCUGGUCUUCCUGCCCAUCUACCUGGUGAGCCUGCUGGGAAACGUGGGCAUGAUGCUGCUGAUCUGCAUGGAUGCCCAGCUCCACACACCCAUGUACUUCUUCCUGGCCAACCUCUCCCUGCUGGACGCCUGCUAUUCCUCAGCCAUCGCCCCCAAGAUGCUGGUGGACCUGCUGCUGCCCCUCGCCACCAUCCCCUAUGCAGCCUGUGCCCUCCAGAUGUUUGUGUUUGCAGGGCUGGCGGAUGCUGAGUGUUGCCUGUUGGCAGCCAUGGCCUAUGACCGCUACGUGGCCAUUGGAAACCCUCUUCUCUACACCACAGCCAUGUCCCCGCGUCUCUGCCUGGCCUUGCUGGGAGCAUCAGGCUUGGGCGGGGCAGUGAGUGCCGGGAUCCACACAACCUUCACCUUCCGCCUGAGCUUCUGCGGCUCCCGGGAGGUGAACAGCUUCUUCUGCGAUAUCCCUCCACUGCUGGCCAUCUGCUGCAAUGACACCAGUCUCAAUGAACUCCUGCUCUUUGCUAUCUGUGGCUUCAUCCAGACAGCCACGGUGUUGGCUAUCGCUGUGUCCUAUGGGCUCAUUGUCCGUGCUGUGAUGCACAUGCGCUCGGUCCAGGGCCGCUGGAGAGCAGCCUCUACCUGUGGCUCCCACCUCACAGCCGUGGCCAUGCUGUACGGGACACUUACUUUCAUGUACUUGCGUCCCAGCUCCAGCUACGCCCUGGACAGCGACAAGAUGGCAUCUGUGUUCUACACUCUUGUCAUCCCAGCCCUCAACCCACUUAUCUACAGCCUCCGCAACAAAGAGGUCAAGGAGGCGCUCAAAAGGACCCGGAGCCGGUGCUGCUGUCCACGGCGGGUGCAUGGGUGAGGAGUCCCAGCAGGCAGGUUAGGACUGACCCUGAAGAAAUG